UACCCUGGGCCCACCCUGUUCCUCGAGCGGCCAAAGUCCCGGCACGCUCCCCCGCUUCCGUCCUUGCCGCUGCUCCCGCUUCUACCUUUUCUGGGAACCAGAUGCGCCACCACGCCCUCCCCUGGUGACCAUACCCUCGCUGUGGAUCUCGUCGUCUCCCACUCCCUUAGAAGCUAAAGCAAGGCGUGAGCUUUGGAGGAGGAAGAAGAGAGAGAGAGAGAGAGAGGAGAGAAUGGGGUGCGCGCAGUCGCGGGUGGACAAUGAGGAGGCGGUGACGCGAUGCCGGGAGCGGAAGCAAUGGAUGAAGGAGGCGGUGACCGCACGCAAUGCCUUCGCCGCAGCCCACUCCGCCUACGCCGUCGCCCUCAAGAACACCGGCGCCGCCCUCAGCGAGUUCGGCCAGGGCGAAGUCGCCGCCGCCCCCGCCUCCGUCGCCGGCGAUACUGGCGUCCACCCCUCCGCCGUCGCCUCCACCUCCGCCUCCGCCGCCGCCUCCGCCGCCGUCCAGCCCCCGGUGGACACCCUUCCUCCCCCUCCCCCUCCACUACCGGAUUUCCACCGCCGCCCUGCCGCCGCGAGCCCUUCCCCCUCCCCCGCCCCGCCGCCGCCUCCGCAAACCCCUCCACCGCCGCCAAUGCCGGCGGAGUCCACCUGGGACUACUUCUUCGCCAUGGACGAGAACAUGCCCGGCCCGUCCCUGGGCCACCCUGAGGAGAUCCGGCCGGAAAGAGAGGAGGCCCCGGAGGAAAGCUUCAAAAGAUCAGCCCCAUCACCGCCGACGCCCGCCAUCGAUCACGAUGUGACCGGUGCUGAUGAUGACUCGCCGAUGACGCCGGAGAAGGUGGUCUUGGAACCCCCAUUGGCGCCGAAGCCGGGCAAGAAGCAGAAGCCAGGCGGCGCGGUGCACCACCAGCAUGCAGCCUCGGCGCCGCCCAUAGAUGCCAAGAGGGGAAAAAUGGUGGCGGUUGCUGCUUCCAGCAUCAAUCUACUCCAGGUCCUGACUGACAUUGAUGACCAUUUCCUCAAGGCAUCGGAGAGUGCUCACGAGGUGUCGAAGAUGCUUGAGGCCACUCGCUUGCAUUAUCACUCUAAUUUCGCUGAUAAUAGAGGACACAUUGACCAUUCUGCCAUUGUCAUGCGAGUCAUCACAUGGAACAGGUCAUUCAAAGGCAUUCCUCAUGCCAAUGAUGGAAGAAAUGAUUUUGAUAAUGAUGAUUGGGAAACUCAUGCCAUCGUGUUGGAUAAGAUGUUGGCAUGGGAGAAAAAACUAUAUGAUGAAGUGAAGGCAGGUGAGCUUAUGAAAAUUGAGUAUCAGAGGAAGGUUGCUUUGCUUAAUAGGCAAAAGAAACGUGGUACCAGUACCGAAGCACUAGAAAGAACUAAAGCAGCUGUAAGUCAUUUGCAUACAAGAUAUAUAGUUGAUAUGCAGUCAAUGGAUUCAACAGUCUCAGAAGUUGAACGUCUGCGAGAUAGACAGCUGUAUCCAAAAUUAGUGGAACUUGUUGAUGAGAUGGCCAAAAUGUGGGAAGCCAUGUAUGUGCAUCAUGACAACCAGCUGAAAAUUGUAUCAAACCUAAAAAUCCUAGACAUCACAAAUGCUCCCAAAGAAACAAGCGAACAUCAUUACAAACGCACACUUCAGCUGUUCGAAAUUGUGAAAGAGUGGCAUUCACAGUUUGAUAAACUUGUGAGCCAUCAGAAAGUUUACAUCCAAGCUCUUAAUAAUUGGCUGAAAUUAAACGUUAUCCCCAUUGAAAGCAGCUUGAAGGAGAGAGUGUCAUCUCCACCAAGGCCACAUCAACCCCCUAUCCAGGCCCUCCUACUGGCAUGGCGUGAGCAUCUUGAGAAGCUUCCUGAUGAGCUGGCUAAGAGUGCUAUUCUUAGCUUUUCAGCGGUCAUCAACACAAUAGUGACACUUCAACAGGAGGAGUUGAAACAGAAAGAGAAAUGCGAUGAGACCCGUAAGGAAUAUCUGAAGAAGACACGGGCAUUUGAGGAUUGGUACAGCAAGUAUUCGCAGAGGAGGGCAACAGCAUUAUCUGAGGAGGCUAUGCAAGAGGGUACCGAGGGUGCUACUCAAAAGGACCCUGUUGCAGAAAGGAAGUUUGCAGUAGAAUCUGUAAAGCUCCGGCUAGAUGAUGAAGAGGACAACCACAGGAAGUUGUGCAAACAGGUGAGGGAGAAAUCAUUCGGAAGUCUCAAGACACAUUUGCCAGAGCUCUUUCGGGCUAUGUCUGACUUCGCUUAUGCUUCUUCUGACAUGUACAUGAAGUUGAAGUCAGUCUCUCAAGGACAGAAUCCAGUUGCUAACUAGCUCAAAAAACUCGCAUGUAUAGGUUUAAUAUGCAUCUUGAUCUUUCCUUUUAGUUUUUAAUUUAUUUGUUCUGCUUUUAAGUUUUCAAGUGUUGUUUGUACUUAAGUCAAGAGGAGGUCCUGGCUUUAAAAUAUCUUGUCUAAUGUAAUAUUUAUAUCCCAUAUUUAUUAAGUUACAUGAGAAUAUGGCAUCAAAU